ACCACCCCGGCGAACGCGCCUGCGCAGACGCUCCGCUGCCAUGGUAACGGCUUGUCCCUGUACCUGAAGCGGAGCGGCUGGUCAGCUGGUCACCGUCAGUAACUAGUUUAACUAGUUUACCCGCCGUUAACCAGCUGAGUUAACACACACACACACACGGCGCGUUACCGGAAGCCUGAGCGGUGAGUCCUCGGCGGGGAGAGCGCGCGCCAUGACGGUCCGCUUCAAGUGUCAGAGUGAGUACCAGAAGAGUUACGGCGUCUCCCGCUCCCGGAGCGUGUCUCCUCGACGCUGCGCUCCGUUGGCCGGCGUGCGCUCGGAUCACAUGGGUAUCAGCAGAGAACCGGGCCUCCAGCGCCGGAGGAGGCUCGAUCCCGGCGGGCUCGCUCGCUCCUGCAGCUCUCUGCUGUGUCCACCUGACCCUCAGAGCUCCCUCACUGAGCCUCCUGCACACAGAGCAGCUCCUCCUGCUGGAAGGAGGUCUCCCUCACAGAAUAAGAAGACCUCCAGAAGUCGCUCCGCCCACAAGAAGCCGGCCUCUGGAUCUCCUGCCGAGCCUCAGACUCCUGCAGGACCGAGACCUCCAGCAGACCCCGGACCAUCAGAAGAACCGGCUGGAACAUCUGUGAAGCCCCUCCCCUCCAACGCUGACAGCCAACCACAGCUCAGCCGACCUGACGGACAGCAGCCUUCAGCCAAUGAGCACGCUCUGCGGUGGAGGGCGGGGCUGAGGUCAGGAGGUCAAAGGUCGGGGAGUCAGAGGUCGGAGUACCUCAGACAGUUCAGCUGGAAGAAAGCUGCGACGGCUGCGUCACCGCUCCUGACUGCAGAACAGGCGCUGCACUCUGCGCCCGCCUUCCAGAAGAAGAAGAACCCCGUCUCCUUGGAAACGGAGUACAGGCGGAGCUUCCAGGGUCUGGCCCCGCCCACCGAGCCCCGCCUCCGCAAACACCUGGAACAUCAAAGGGUCCCCCUGUUCCACACACACACGACCAAUAAGAGGAGGGAGGAGUCAGAGAAGAAGCCCCGCCCCAAACAGGACGCCGCCGUCCAGACGACAGAGGAUGCCACGCCCCCUCCUCAGGUGCACAGAGGACACAGGAUGUUGACAGAGUAUGAGUCCAGCUUUCGUUCUCCUCUCUGCAGGAUCACGGAGGAAGGCGGAGCCGCCGCCGGCGACACCCCUCAGGUGAAGGAGUUGAGGCAGAAGGCCUUGUCGUACCGCCGUCGAGCAUGGGGCGCUAACUUCUCCAGAGAUCACCUGAGCCAGCUGCUGUCCGAACACAACGCUCUGUGGGAGCCGACGGACACCGCCGACUCACUCACCGACCCCCCGACCCCACGCCUGACCUUUGACCUCUGUCAGGAUCCGGACAACUGGAGCACUUCACAUCUGGAGGCUCUCGACUUGGCCAGCCGCUCGAGUCUCUCCAGCAGGAGGUCGUCUGCGACGGGAUCAGGAGGACGUCAGCACGCGAACAAACACACACAACUAGAAGCAGCUGAUGAAAGACGAACAGCCUGGGCAAGAGAAGGAGAAGAAGAUGGAGAAGGAGGAAACACAGACGAGGAGGAGGGAAGGUUACCGACUCCGAGGCUGAAGAUGCUGCCUGUUCAAAGAACUCAUCAUGACCUCACCACACCUGCCACCGGAGGCGCUAUACUGGUGGGAAAACCGUCCAAACAACAGAGGUGCGGGUCGGACGUUUCCAUGGCGGCGGGCGCGGAGACAGCGUUUAAACAGAAGGAGGCGUGGCCAGAGAAUAACUCCCCCCGCCUGUCCACCUCUGGCCCCUCCCCUGACCACAGACCAGCCGCCAGUCCGCCCUCUAAACCAAUCAGGAUGAAGCCGCCGUCCCCUGUAGCCCCGCCUCCUGUGGUGCCGCCCCCACACGGUAUCCACGGCACCCUGAGACACGCCGACUUCCAGCACAACGGUGAGCUCGGGCUGAGGUUCAGAGAGCCGCCGUGUUCGGGCGGAGGCUGCGGCUCCGACGAAGACGACCGGCUGUCGGUGAUGUCGUGGCGCUCGGCGGCCUCCUGCUCCAUGGCGUCCGCCGUGCUGGAGCGCGCUCAGAAGAGACGGGAGAAUUUCUGGGGGAAGAGAUGACCUCUGACCCCCCCAGCACACCCUCUUGCUGUCACCGUGGAAACCAGCGUGUUGUUUGUAGAUGAUCGUAGACGAAUCAUGUUCGUACGAUAACUAGAAGGAAUCAUGUGAUUUUUAGACGUCAGAGUCAAAGUUUAUUUUUGUAGAGGCGCUUUGGGAUCAAUGUUUUUUAACGUAGUCAUCGUGCCGCUCGAGAUCAGAGUCAAUAAAGUGACUGAAGACGA